AAAGUUAAGUUUCACAUCAUAUAUAUUAAACUUAAAAUUUUUCAAUGGCAAUCCAUGUAAAUAAACCCAAACUCCAUGACUAAAAAAGUAAAAACACUUCCCCCCGGUUCAAGUCAGUUACACCCACUAAACAACUCCCUCGAACCGGCCUUACUCUUCUCUCAUUACAUUUGACUAUUAUAGGAAAAAACAAACACCCUUUAACAAAUUUUCUUGAAUUUCCACUCAGAAAAAAAAUGGAGAAAAACAUUCACACUUGAUUUGUUUUUUAUUCAAUUUUUUUUAUAUUUUUUUAUCAAUAAGAAAAAGAAAAAAAAAAUAUGGCCGGAGGAGGAAGCGCGGCGGAAUCACGGGAGCUCGACCAUACUCCGACGUGGGCGGUUUCGUUAGUGUGUGGAAUCAUCAUUGUUAUCUCUAUAAUAUUGGAGAAAACUCUUCAUAAAGUCGGUGAGACAUUUCAUAAGAGAAAGAAGUUUUCAUUGGUUGAAGCUUUGGAGAAAAUUAAAGCAGAGCUUAUGGUAUUGGGAUUCAUUUCCCUACUUCUAACAUUUGGGCAGAACUUCAUUACACAAAUAUGCAUACCGGAUAAACUCGCAAACACAAUGUUGCCGUGUGAUUUUAAAACGAAAUCGAAAGCGCAUCACCAUCCCGACCCUGAACCAGAACACGAACCCGAACACCACCGUAGGCUCCUGUGGAACGAGCAUCGGAUUUUGGCUGUCGACAGUACACCUAAAGAUUGCAAAGAUGGAUACGUGCCUCUUAUAUCUGCACACGGACUUCACCAACUUCACAUAUUCAUAUUCUUUUUAGCCGUGUUCCAUGUUUUCUACAGCGCUAUAACGAUGAUGCUGGGGAGAUUGAAGAUUCGAGGAUGGAAAGACUGGGAACGACAGAUUUUAGAAGAACACGAAGCGUCCAACGAUCCUUCUAGAUUCAGACUUACACACGAGACGUCUUUCGUGAGAAGCCACUCAAAUUCAUUGAUGCAAAACCCUAUCUUGUUUUAUAUUGUUUGCUUUUUUCGACACAUUUGGUAUUCAGUUCAAAGAGCUGACUAUUUUACUCUGCGUCAUGGAUUCGUCUCGGUUCAUUUGUCUUCUGGAACUAAGUUCGACUUUCAGAAGUACAUCAAAAGGUCGUUGGAAGAUGACUUCAAAGUCAUUGUAGGAAUCCCUCCGUAUUUAUGGAUGACUUCAGUGAUCUAUCUGCUUGUGAACGUUAAAGGAGGGCAAGCUAUGUUUGUGCUGUCAAUAUUUCCCUUAGUGGCAAUCUUAGCAGUUGGAACGAAGCUUCAAUCGAUCAUAACACAAAUGGCUAUCGAAAUCCAAGAAAAACACGCUGUGAUUCAAGGCAUUCCACUCGUGCAAGUCUCCGAUCGACAUUUUUGGUUUAGCAAGCCUACUUUAGUUCUUCACCUUAUCCAUCUUACCCUCUUUCUGAACGCGUUUGAGAUAACAUACUUCAUUUGGAUAACGUACGAAUUCGGGCUCCAUUCUUGCUUCCAUCGUCAUUUCACUCUUGCCGUUAUCAGAGUCAGUAUCGGGGUAGGAGUACAAGUUCUUUGCAGUUACAUCACACUUCCACUUUAUGCACUUGUUACACAGAUGGGAUCACACAUGAAGAAGUCAAUAUUUGAUGAGCAAACUUCAAAGGCAUUGAUGAGCUGGCACAAUAAGGUGAAGAAGAAAACCGACAAGGUUCCACCACUGCGCACUAAGAAGUUAGGUGGCAGCCCCGGAGAUUCGCCGGAGCAUUCUCCGAUGGGGUCUCAUCAUGGCGGCACUGGGACCGCUAUUGCACCUGGAUCAAGCACCGAAAUGACCGAGAGACGAUCUUCUUCGAGCCCUAAAGACAUGGUCGACAUAGAUUUGCUAACGGGCCCUUAAUUUAGUGACGGGUAGAGCAUAGGGCGGUGUUGACAAAUGUUUUAUUAUAUUCACCCCUCACAAUUUUUUCAAGAAUUUACUAUUUAUUGUAGAAAAAUAUGUAUUGUUUUUGGUUUUUUCGAUUUGUGUAUAUUGUUGGUAGAUUUUGAACCUCUGUCUAUAAUGUUAGAGAAUUGUAGACAAUUUUCGAGUUCCGUAGUGUCUCGUACAUGACUUUAGUCGUCCAAUAUUUAAAUCGAUGUCUCAUUUGCACCUCUGUCUAUAAUG